CUGCAUAAUCUCUAGCUGAUUAUAUAUAUAUAUCAUAUAAUUACAUAAAAUUUAAAAAUAUAUAUAAAAAGGAUUUUACUUUAUAAUAUACUUUUAAAAACAAUCACAAAAUAUUGGUAUUUAUUUUCAGGAGAUAUGAAAAAAACUAAAAUAUUUAUUUACUAUAAGCAUAUUUUUGAUCACCUAAUUACAAAAAAAUCUUUUUAUAUAGCUUCACUCUAGAUACUUUUAUAUAGCAUCACUCUAGAUUCUUGGACUGGUGGCCUUACCUUGGCGUUUUGGUGGGUCUUGUUCAUUUCAACCGUUGCCGUGAGAGCUCCGAAAGAGCCUUCUACUUCGGAGGUACGUUCAGCUUGCGGCUACUAUAGUGCGGUGGUGCUUCAGGCGUAGGCGUAGGGAGCCAGGAAGGGUUAUCCUUGGCGUGGUCGUCUUUGGCCAUCCCGCAGCUUCUCCGGCGGUCUUCCUCUCAUCCUCAUCUCUGCUUCUCGGUUCUUGUGUUCUGGUUUCACCGUUAUAGCUGUUUUGGUAAGGUUCAACGGCAUUUUGACUCCUUGUGUUCUGUGGUGGUUGCUGGUUUGAUCGUCACAGCUUUUGACUUUAAGAAAAAAUUGUGUCCUGGUUCACGGUACCGGCGUAAGGCGAGGUUGUUGGUGGGUUCGGGUUGUUUCCGGUCUUCAUCAUUGCCUUUGUGACUCCUUGUGGUGUUUGUAGCACAUCCCAGUGCUGAUGGUUUUGUUCGCUUGAACCCCUAGGCAGUGUUACUUCACUGAAUCUUCUUGCAUGUUAUGGAGUUCUUUUGGACAUAAACAACUGUUUUCUCCAGCCCAUGUUUUAGAGUGUCUGUUGUUUUAGUUGUGGUGAAGUCUCUACCGUCUCUAUUCGUAAAGGUUAUAGAGGUCUUUUUAUCGACUGUCUUGUGUUGUGUUUGGAGGAUGCACAUGGUGUUUUCUUCUAGAGUCAUCAGCAGAGGCGUGCCUACAGUGUAUUGAAAAAGGCAUUCGCCUUAGGCCCCCGAAUAAUAUUACGUUUUUAGGACCUCAAAAUUUAAAAUAAUUUCUAGUUUAGUUGGUUAAAUUUAUUUCUAAAAAAAACUUUCCAUGAGAAUCGAAUAACUCUAUUUCUAAAUCCAUAUACUUUUUUCUUAUAGGACAUAACAUAGCAUAUUUACGUAAUAAACUUAUUUUUGUAAGUGUUAAACUUAUGUAUUUCGCGAAGGUAAUAUACCGUAUUAGAAAUUUUUUUUUUGUAUAGUUGUAUAUAAUUUUUUUUUAAACUUGCCUUAGGCCCCUAAAACUCUUCGCACGGCACUGGUCAUCAGGUCCGUGUCUAUUCAUAUAUGAGCUUCAUAGUCUACAGUUACCUCAUUGAGGAAGAGAGUGGGACUCAUAUCCUUUACCGGAUUAAUCGGAGAAACGGUAAUGAGGGAAAUAUCCGGAGUUGCGCCCACAACUUGGAUGUGUAUCCUAUGACUUAGAGCUAUUAAUCCAAUGAUUGUAUAGACUUUUGAUUGAAUCUUUGUAUGAUUGUAACUGUAAGAAUGCCCAUUUUUAAAAACUAAACAAAUUAAAUUAUUUUUUUUAAGAAGAGUUUAUGAUCUUGUUAUCAUCAUCGAGUAUAACAAAUCUACUUCCAUUUAGAAAAACCUACGUCAUUUAGUUGUUAUAAACGUUUUCCGGGAGAAACAGCCUGCCGUUUCUACAGUCAGAGAUCGAACGAUACGUUGUUCGCAUCUCACGUGAAGAGCCUGCACAUGACAGUCUUAUCUCGGUUUGUCGUUUCAAGAAAUUGGCCACAAGAGACAAUUUAAAAAGAAAAAGAAAAACAGACAUACAGAUCUCUCCCUCCGUCGUCUUUGACUCUUUUGGUUUCAUUCUACUUGGUCGGAGAAAGAUGUCUCCGAUAGCAGCAAGAGCAAAGCUUCACGUAGCGAUGGUGGUGUUUCAGACGGGAUACGCGGGGAAUCACGUGAUCAUGAGAUUCGCUCUAAACUUGGGAGUAAGCAAACUCGUCUUCCCACUUUACCGGACCAUCAUCGCUCUCUCUGUUCUUGCUCCCUCUGCUUACUUCCUUGAAAAAAAAGAAAGGCCGGCAAUGAACACCAGUUUACUGAUUCAGUUCUUCCUUCUUGGACUUGUCGGCAUAACAUUAAACCAAGGCUUUUACAUAUUUGGAUUGGACAAUACCUCACCAACAUUCGCAUCAGCAACUGAGAAUGCUGUCCCUGCUGUUUCAUUCCUCAUGGCCGCCUUGCUCGGAAUAGAGAAGGUAGAGUUGAAGAGGAGAGAUGGUAUAGCCAAAGUGGUGGGCACAUUUGUAUCGGUGGCAGGCUCUUUGGUCAUAACGCUAUAUAAAGGGCCAACCAUUUACGAACCGAGCUUGCGUAUAAUGGACCAACCCAUAUUAAAUGGUGGAUCAGAAGGAGAGGAAGAAAACAAGAACUGGACGUUGGGAUGUCUGUGCUUGAUGGGUCACUGCUUAUGCUGGUCAAGCUGGAUUGUGUUACAAUCACCAUUGCUUAAGAAGUACCCUGCUCGAUUCUCCUUCAUCUCGUGCUCAUGCUUUUUCGCAGUAAUCCAGUUCUUUGGCAUCUCUGCUUAUUUCGAGCGAGAUGUGGAGAGCUGGAAGAUACUAUCAGGAGGGGAAGUGUACGCGUUGCUAUACACUGGAUUGGUGGGAUCAGCGAUGGUGUUUGCAAUACAAAUAUAUGUGGUGGAGAGAGGGGGACCUUUGUUUGUAUCAGCCUACUUGCCACUACAAACUCUAGUAGCUGCUGUUUUAGCCACCUUUGCUCUUGGUGAACACUUCUACCUCGGAGGAAUGAUUGGGGCAAUACUAAUAAUUAGUGGACUCUACUUGGUUGUGAUGGGAAAGAGUUGGGAGAGUCAAGCUCUAAUUGUUAGCCGCCAACAGCAACAACGCUUUGUUUAUUCAGCAACAGAAGAAGAUGGUGAUGAAGACGAGCAUAACAAAGAAAGGAGAUCUUGUAGCAUCAUUCAACCAUUAAUUACAUCUUAAUCUCUGCUCUCUCUCUCUCUGAAGGUCCGAAUAGUAACACACGGGACUACUGCGAAACAAUGGCUGUUCUGUUCGGUUCUAAUUGCAACAAAAAUAUAUAGAUACACAGAUACAUGUAAAGAUUUUUGUUACUAUUAAUCGAGCCGUCGUGUGGUUGGCCACCAUUCAGAACUCGAAAUAAUAAAAAUUGCACGAUUACUUCAUC